AUGUCUCAACAGUUGAAAGAAGCCUUUGCAAAGGCCAAAGCUCAAGAUCGUGCUGCUCUAAUUACUUUUAUCACUGCUGGUUAUCCAACAGUUGAAGAUACUAUUCCAAUCUUAAAAGGCUUUCAAGAUGGAGGUGUUGACAUUAUUGAGUUAGGCUUACCAUUUUCUGACCCAAUUGCUGAUGGGCCUACAAUCCAAGAAGCCAACGUUAUAGCUCUCCAGAAUGAAAUGAACCUUGAUAAAGCUUUGGAUCUAGUUAAGGAGGCCAGAGAGUCUCAUGGUGUAACUAUUCCUAUCAUUUUUAUGGGUUACUACAAUCCGAUUUUAAAGUAUGGUGAAAUCCAAUUUAUUCAAAAAUGUUCUGAAUAUGGGGUCAAUGGUUUUAUUGUUGUUGAUUUGCCACCUGAAGAAGCUGUUAAAUUCAGAUCUAACUGUGCUAAAUAUGAUUUAAGCUUUGUUCCAUUGGUCGCUCCAUCAACUACUGAAGAAAGAUUAGAGGUUUUGUCGAAAAUUUCAGAUUCUUUUAUAUAUGUUGUUUCCAGGAUGGGAACAACUGGUGUAACUGGAUCCAUUUCAAAUCAGAUUGGCAGUCUAGUUGCCCACGUAAGAGAGUAUUCCAAGGACAUUCCUUUGGCUGUUGGUUUUGGGGUUAGUACAAAACAAGAUUAUCUUACUGUUGGUGAAUCUGCUGAUGGUGUAGUUAUUGGAAGUAAAAUUGUCACUUUAAUUGGAGAGUCUAAACCUGGUGAAAGAGGUAUUACCGCAGAAAAUUAUGUUAAAUUAAUACUUUCGUCUUCUUCUCAUAACCUUUCAAAAACAGUUGAAAAUAACGCUUCCCAAUCAUUACCAGACAAGUCUCCUGUUGACUUUCAAGAAAAGCAUAAAUAUUCACCCACUUUUGGAGAUUUUGGUGGUCAAUAUGUCCCUGAAGCUCUUCAUGCUUGUCUUAGAGAAUUAGAAGAUGGGUUUGAAAAUGCUGUUGAGGAUCAAAAAUUCUGGGAAGAAUUUCGUUCUUUAUAUCCUUAUAUGGGCAGACCAAGUUCUUUACACAGAGCCGAAAGAUUGACUGAGUAUGCUGGUGGUGCUGAUAUUUGGUUAAAAAGGGAAGAUUUAAAUCAUACCGGUUCUCAUAAGAUAAAUAAUGCUAUUGCCCAAGUUUUAAUUGCUAGAAGAUUAGGUAAAACCAAAAUUAUUGCUGAAACUGGAGCUGGCCAACAUGGUGUAGCAACAGCCACUGCAUGUGCCAAAUUUGGUCUUGAAUGCAAAGUUUUCAUGGGUGCUGAAGAUGUUAGAAGACAAGCAUUGAAUGUUUUCAGAAUGAGAAUUCUUGGUGCCUCUGUUGUAUCUGUUACUAAUGGUACUCAGACUUUACGUGAUGCAACCUCAGAAGCUUUUAGAUAUUGGGUUUCUCAUUUAAAAGAUACUCAUUACGUUGUUGGUUCUGCCAUUGGUCCCCAUCCCUACCCUACAUUAGUUAGAACAUUUCAAUCAGUCAUAGGUCAAGAAGCAAAAGCCGAAUUUGCAAAAUUAAAUGAUGGAAAGCUUCCCGAUGCUGUUGUUGCCUGUGUUGGGGGUGGUUCCAACUCUACAGGAAUGUUUUCUCCAUUCGAAAAAGACCUCACAGUCCAAUUAUUAGGUGUGGAAGCUGGCGGUUCUGGUUUGAACUCUGGUUUUCACUCUGCUACAUUAACUGCCGGUGAACCAGGUGUUUUUCAUGGUGUAAGAACUUAUGUGUUGCAGGACGAUGAAGGCCAAAUUCAUGAUACACACUCUGUUUCUGCUGGGCUAGAUUAUCCAGGUGUUGGUCCUGAGUUAGCUGCUUGGAAAGCCUCUGGUAGAGCCACUUUUAUUGCUGCUACUGAUGCUGAGGCUCUUUCGGGAUUUAGACUAUUAUCUCAACUUGAAGGUAUUAUUCCAGCCUUGGAAAGUUCCCAUGCUGUAUUUGGAGCCAUUCAAUUAGCUAAAAAACUCGGUAAAGGUAAAUCUUUAAUUAUCAACGUCUCUGGUAGAGGUGACAAAGAUGUUCAAAGUGUUGCAGAAGUGUUGCCCAAAAUCGGUCCAGAAAUAGGCUGGGAUUUGAGGUUUAACGAAGAUUCACCUGCUAAUUAG